AUGUUUUCGAGCCUCUUGACCCUUCCUCUCAUUUUCGGCGCAUCUGUCGCUGCCCAAUCCCUUACGACUGUCGUCUGCGUUGCAGGUCAAUGCCUCGAAGGGUAUACGAACACCACUCUUGGAGCGACAUUGUCAGCGUCAGGUGCUGCAACCAGCCUUCUUCUUCUUCCCGGACAGUAUACGUCCACAACCAACCCCGCGGUACUACAUGACGCGCUCACCGCUUCAGGCGCAUCCCUCUCGGCAUCUCCAGGAUUCGCCGUCAACUCCACGGUCUCUCUUCCUUUUAAUCUGGCCCUGCAGCCGGGCAUUGCUGCUUAUCCGGCAGCCAACUUCUCUGGCGCGGCUUCGUUCAUAUCUCUUCCCAACAGUGGCUCCGCGGCAAAUGGCUCGAAGCAGCUCUCGUCGGGCUCGUUCGCGCUCUCAUCAAACGUCUGGGCAGCCGUCGCGGCAAGCACAUCAAACGACAGGGUGAUCUUCUGGGAGACAGUGCCAGACGUAUCGCAGCUGCCGGCGAAUACAUUCAAUUCGCCCCUGGCGCUCCUGAAUAUGCAGUCUUCCGCGUGUUCGCCACCAUGCGCGGGCGCGGGUGUAUGUUCUACGAACGGGACGUGCGCGUGUCCUACUGGUUUUACAGGCUCGUCAUGCCAGUCGUGCGCGACAGGCUUCUUCGGACCGACUUGUGCGCCGUGCCCAGCGGGUUGCGCGGAUUGCGACCAGGGCAUGUCGGGGACAGGCAAGUGCCUUGUGCCCAGCGUUAGCAAUCCUCCAUCGAGUUGCAACUGCGUGAACGGUGAGUGUGGCUCUAAUGGGCAGUGCUCAUGUCUAUCUGGCUGGACUACCGCAAGCAACGGGACGGCGUGCGCGCAGUGUGCACCAGGUUACUUCUUAGAUUCCAGUGGGAACUGUGAAGUUUGCCAGCUCGGCUGCACGGAAUGUGCGAGUGGAUCGGGUGACUGCAUCACCUGCAAGUCUGGGUUCACACAGAACGCAAACGAUGCCACACAGUGCGUGGCUAUCCAAUCGGCCACGUCCAGUGGGACUGUCUGCCCAGACAGUGGCUUCAACAAUGGUACCGGUUGUGCGGCAUGUUCGCCCCUCUGUCAAACAUGCAACGGCCCGACGUCGAAUGAUUGUAUUAUUUGCGGUGCUGGAACUUACAGUUUCAACGGCAGCUGCGUUCAGACGAACAACAACGGUGUCUGUGCAGGCUCGAACUUGAUUGCUAACAAUAACAAGCAUGAAUGUGACACCUGUCCCUCAAAGUGCACGACGUGCGAGUAUACUACGUUCAAUACUCUGUCGACCAUCAAUCAGGCGAAAUGCACGGGCUGUCUCCCUGGGUUCGUUCUCUCUGAUGGUGCAUGCGUGGAGAGUUGCCCUACUGGCACGUUCUUGAGCCCGCAAGACAAUCUCACUUGUACUGCUUGUGAUUCGUCUUGCGGCAUCUGCGCCGGAUCUUCGACAUUCUGCCUGACUUGUGCCAACAACAUGUUGGCCUCGAAUGGUACUUGCGUCUCGUCUUGCCCAUCCAACGCCUUCAGCUCUUCCGGUUCUUGCCUUACCUGCCACCCCGACUGUGCGACGUGCAGCGGCGGCGCAUUCAACCAGUGCUCAAGCUGUAGCUCCAACCUCCCGGUCCUCACGAACGGUCGUUGUCUCCCGACUUGCAGUCAGUCCCAAUACUUCGACACUACGUCGUCGUCUUGCCAGUCGUGUGACUCUAGCUGCUCGAGCUGUUCUGGGGCAGGCGCCAGUAAUUGUCUUGCGUGCGCCGACUCCAGCCACGUAUUGCGCGGCGGGUCCUGCGUUUCCGCCAGCUGCACCGGAUCAUCCGGCGUCGUCUCUGGCCUUGGCUUGUGUCUCUCUGAUCUAGUGCAGACGUCUGCGAAGGCUUCUGGCACAAGCUCUCUGCCUCCGUUACCCUCCAUUACCGGUCUGACUUCACCCGUCUCAAAUACGAAUACAACCAUGAGAACCCGGCUCGCAUGGUGGCAGAUCCUGCUCAUGGCCCUCGGCUGUGCGUUCAUCUUCGUGAUGGUCCUCCUCUGCUGGCGCCGCCGCAUGCGGAAGAAACGCGCACAAGCGACGGCCCAGUUCGCAUCCGCGAAGAAACUCCAACCGCAGGGUUGGCGCAUGCGGCUCGUGCGCUUUGGCGAGCGCCUCUUUGGACACAAGCGCCAGCAACGCUGGAUAGUGCCCGAUGACGCUGAGGCGCAGGACAUCAAGCUGCAGAAGAUGCGCGCGGCAGAGGAGGCGCGCCACGACCAUGACGUCGAGAAACUCAUCUCGUCAUACGAGUACUCGCGGCACCAGCCGUCACCUCUCCCCUCGCUGCGCGACUACGACGCGGAUGAUCGCCGCCGCGACCUCCGCAGAGCGGACACGUACGGCCCUCACCGCCUUUCGGCGGAGUCGUUAUCCACGGGCUCGCUGUACACGCAGCUGACAGGCCAGCCGCGCCGGGGGCCCGCGCCUCGCCUCCCCGUGAAGGAAGAGGAACUGCCCUCGCGCUUCUCCGAUAGCACGUAUGCAACACAGGUGCGGGAGCUGCUUGCGGGGCCAAAGCCGCCGACGCCAGCACAGGAGUAUGCGAUGUCAGUAUCGCAGCACGAGCCUCGGGGAUCGUACUGGUUGAAGUCCGCCAACACAGGUGGCUCGAGGAAUCCCUUCCGGCGGUGA